AAGAUGGCGGUGUCUUCAGAGAGUUGUAGCUGGUUCGUGCUGUUGGCAGCGGGAGUUUCUCUGUUUAAAUGUUUGUUCAUCAACUCUUAUCACUCCACAGACUUUGAGGUGCACAGGAACUGGCUGGCCGUCACCCACAGCCUGCCGGUGUCCACGUGGUACCAUGAGAACACGUCUGAGUGGACUCUGGACUACCCGCCUCUGUUCGCCUGGUUCGAGUUCGGCCUGUCCAAGGUGGCGCAGCACUUUGACCAGAACAUGCUGCUGGUGGAGAACCUGAACUACGCCAGCCCGUCCACCGUCCUCUUCCAGAGGCUGUCCGUCAUCUUCACCGACUGCGUUUUCAUCUACGCAGUCAGAGAGUGCUGCAGGUGCGUUCAGGAGCAGAAAGGCCCGCGGGACAUUUUGGACCGACCGUCCUUCGUCCUGGCCGUGCUGCUGCUGUGGAACUUUGGCCUGUUCAUCGUCGACCAUAUUCAUUUUCAGUACAACGGCUUCCUGUUUGGCUUCCUGCUGCUGUCGGUGGCUAAACAUCUGCAGGCUCGCCACCUGCAGGGAGCGCUGCUGUUUGCCGUCCUGCUCAACCUGAAGCACAUCUUCCUCUAUGUGGCGCCGGCGUACGGCGUCUUCCUGUUGAGGAGCUACUGCUUCACCCAGGACAACAACGACGGCUCCAUCAGGUGGAGGAGUUUCAGCCCGGUCCGUCUCUUGGUUCUAGGCAGCAUCGUCACGUCUGUCUUCGCUCUGUCCUUCGGUCCGUUUGUUGUCAUGGGCCAGCUGCCGCAGGUUCUGACCCGACUCUUCCCCUUCAAACGAGGGCUCUGCCACGCCUACUGGGCCCCCAACGUCUGGGCCCUGUACAACGUUCUGGAUAAAGUUCUGGUGCUGCUCGGCGUCCGUCUGAAGCUGCUGCAGGAGGCGGAGCUUCCUCAGGCCUCCAUGACGGGUGGUUUGGUCCAGGAGUUCCAGCACUCGGUGCUCCCCUCCAUCUCUCCCUCCGUCACGCUCGUCUGCACUCUUCUAUCCAUCCUGCCGGCGGUGGCGUCCAUCUGGUGGCGUCCCACUGGUGGGCGGGGCUUCCUGCGCUGCCUGCUCCUCUGCGCUCUGGGCUCCUUCAUGUUCGGAUGGCAUGUUCACGAGAAGGCCAUCCUCCUCGCCAUCGUGCCGCUCAGCAUCCUGGCGGUGGAGAACAGAGAGGAUGCUGGGACAUUCCUGCUGCUGAGCACCACAGGACAUUACUCCCUGUUCCCACUGCUCUUCACCCCCGCAGAGCUGCCCAUCAAAGUGUGUGUGAUGCUGAUGUUCACCGUGUUCUGCUUCUCUGCGCUCAGGAAGCUCCACAGUGGUCCUCUGCUCCACCCCCUGGAGGUGGUCUACCUGCUGGGCCUGCUGGGCGUGGCUGUGGCCUGUGAGGGGGUGGUCCCUCUGUCGCCGUGGAAACACAGGCUGCCGUUCCUCCCCCUGCUGGUCACCUCGGUGUACUGCUCGCUGGGCGUCUGCUGCUCCUUCCUGCGUCUCUACGCCAGCCUGCUGCGGUGCCGUGAUAAACCCAAGCAGCUGUGAGGCGGCGGUGC